CCAGGAAAAACUCCUCGAAAUAUGGUUGGGGCUUCACCCAAUCGUCACCUUUUAUCUUUUAGAUGAAUUUUUGAAAAAGCAUUUGUCAAAUGCAAUUGGAAAAAACCUUCAGACUUGUAUCUUUGCCCUGGCAAAUACUGCCAAUCGAUUGUUCAAAGUAAAACUCUUUCGGUUGAAUAAAAAGGUUUAUAAAAUGGUGAAAAUUAUACUCAUUUUGUUAGCUAUUUAUGGGUUCGCCCAGAUCGAUGGGGGCUUUCCUGAGGAUGCCCUUGCAAGGCACAAUGAGCACAGAAAAAAUCACGGUUGCCCGGACUUAAAAUUGGACUCGGACCUGAGCAACGAAUGCGAAGCAUAUGCCAAGACUCUGGCCGGGAAGGGUAAGCUGGAGCCAACGAAACUUGAUGGGUAUACAGAAAAUUUGUGCAUGACUAUCAAGAAGCCGCUAGAAUGCAUAGAGAGCUGGUAUAUGGAAAAGAACCUGUACGAUUAUAAUGCACCAAGAUUGAGUUCGGAAACUGAACAUUUCACGGCCAUGAUUUGGAAGGCUUCGAACACUCUGGGUAUUGGCCUUUUUACAAAGGAUGAAAACCACUACGUUGUGGCGCGGUACAAGCCGAAAGGCAAUAUUAAAUCGGAAUUCAAGGAAAAUAUUCCCAAGGCCACUGGCAAUGCGGAUCAUUCUAAGUCAUUUUGCCUUGCUGUUCUAAUUCUAGUUGCGGUUUUUAUUGAACGUAAUUGAGUUUGAAAUUUCAUUUGUAGCAUUCAAAAUUAAACAAGAGUAAUUCUUCUUUUGGCAGAAACACAAGCAUUUUUAAAUUUUCGCGCCAUCUUUUGACAUUAACAUUGUCCCAUGCGCUUAGUUUAACAUUACUUUAACAUAAUGUUGCUUAGGAAUGUUGCGAAUUACGUAAAUUCAUAGAUGUUGCGCUGAUAAUGUUGCGGAAUAAUGUUGCGAGUUUCGUAGAACCAUUUCAGCAAAAAAUAUAAAACCAGCACUUCCUAA